UCCCUCACUGAGCGGCGUACUGCCGGGGGACGAAGGGACGCUGGACGCUCGCAGUCGGUUGGAAGGGGCGCUCUGUGUCCAGGGAGAAUGUCAGGGAGCAACCAAGACCUGGUGCUCAUUAAAGAACUGGAGCACAUCUUGGAUUCCUGCACAUUGGAGCUCACUCCAGUGGAUGAAGUCUGGCCCAACCUGUACAUAGGGAAUGUGGCCGUUGCGCAGAAUAGAAAGAAAUUGCAGAAACUUGGCAUCACUCAUGUCCUGAAUGCCGCGCACUCCAAGCAGGGCAGCAUCGGGGACCAGAGCUUUUACGGGAACACCUGCGUCUACUUUGGCGUCCCGGCCGAGGAUUCAGACCGGUUCGAUCUCAGUCAGUACCUGAAAGCAGCGUCUGACUUCAUACACAAAGGGCUGAAGAGCAAAGAUGGGAAGGUGCUGGUGCAUUGCAUCAUGGGCAUGAGCCGCUCCGCCACUCUGGUCCUGGCUUAUUUCAUGCUGCGGCAGCGUCUCCGUCUCGGAGAGGCCGUGAGGCUUGUCGUCCAGAAGCGAGCCAUUUAUCCAAACCGGAAUUUCCUGUCGCUCCUCCUCAAGAUGGAUGAACAGCUGACACACAAACGGCGGCUGUGUCCUCUUUUCUGACACAAAAACUAUUACAAAACGUACAGACAAUAUCUGUCAUUCAUUUUCUACGGUUGUCUACUUUUCAUGCACAACUUAUGAGUGUAGCAGCAACAGUGUUGUGAUUGUCGUAUAUGUUCGUGUCCUAUUUCUCAGAGGGUUUUUUUCUAUAUUCAAACUGUAUCCAAAACAUAACCCUGUUGUUGUCUGGCAGGUUUACAAGCUUUGUAAAUACUCCUUUAUGAUGUUGUUUUGAAUAUACGUCAAAAAGUGUU